UUCAAGAGGAGCCGAUGUCGGCAAAGAGAUUAAUCUUUUGCUAAGUAGCCUCAGCCCUAACCAUUAGUCCAGUCUCUUGGGCUGUAUUCUCCGUAUGUUCCUUGGUUGCUAUCCUUGAGGCUACGUACCUUGGUUAUGUUGCUGCCUUGCCCGAGUGGGUAAACUUGUGGGCAUUUUGGAUGCCUUCAGGGUCCCUCUACUCGAGUCUUGUUUCAACAUUUCGAUUGAUCCUCUGCUCGGCGGAAAUAAAAACACCCGAGGGUCUAUCAAUACAUAUUUGCAAUUCGACCAUAUUUACUUGUGUAUUAUCGGGGUAAAUGAGGG